CAAAUAUUCACUUCGGGCAGGAAAGAGUUACAUUGCACGCAGCUGACUGCCCACGUGACUUUGCGGAAGUGAGAGCAUCAACAAAAUGAGCAGCUCUUGAGCCGCGUCCUGCAACAAUGGUGCGCUGUUUCGCUUUGUUUUUCGUCUUUACUUGUGUGAACAGAGUGUUGUAUAUUCGGGGUUCAUGCGGGGCUCAGUCGGAGCCCACCGUCCCGCAGGGAGCAGCGGGCUGCGGCUGUGGGAACCUGAAGAGAGACGCUGCUCUGGAGCAUGUGGAGGACAGGACAGCUUCCGCAGACCCUGAUAACACAUACUCAAGAGGCGCUAAUGAAAGGUCGCCCGAGGCUCAGGGAGAUGAAAAGAAAACGCAGAGUCAGAUGGUGCUGGUUUCUGGAGGACAGUUCCUGAUGGGAACGGACAAUCCAGGCAUCCCUGCAGAUGGUGAGGGGCCUCAGAGGCUGGUGCAUGUUGACUCCUUCUACAUGGACAUCCAGGAAGUCACUAACCAACAGUUCCAGAGCUUUGUAAAUGCCACAGCAUACAUUACUGAGGCAGAGACAUUUGGAGACUCAUUCGUAUUUGAGGGGAUUUUGAGCAAGAGUGUGAAAAACCAAAUCACCCAAGCAGUGGCUGCUGCCCCCUGGUGGCUUCCAGUGAAAGGGGCCAACUGGAGACACCCUGAUGGUCCAGACUCCAACAUCACAAACAUCCUGGACCAUCCUGUUCUACAUGUGUCCUGGGCGGAUGCAGUAGCCUACUGCUCCUGGGCCAACAGGAGACUUCCUACAGAGGCAGAAUGGGAGUACGCCUGCAGGGGCGGCCUUAAAGACAGACGUUACCCCUGGGGAAACAAGUUGAACCCUAAAGGACAACACUACGCCAACCUCUGGCAGGGGGAUUUUCCCAACCACAACUCUGCGGAGGACGGAUACAUCAAAACUUCACCGGUGAAGUCGUUUCCCGCCAAUGCUUUUGGUCUGUAUGAUAUGGCCGGGAAUGCAUGGGAAUGGACAUCAGACUGGUGGACUGUGCAUCACACCACAGAUCAACAACACAACCCAAUGGGUCCUCCGUCCGGCACAGACAAGGUGAAGAAGGGAGGCUCUUACAUGUGCCACAAGUCUUACUGUUACAGAUACCGAUGUGAAGCCCGUAGUCAGAACACUCCGGACAGCGCAGCCUCUAAUCUUGGUUUCCGCUGUGUCUCUCAGGGUCAACAGUGACCUGAACCGGUCGUCUUAAACACAGGGUUCCAGUUGUUCUCUUACACCGGUGUUGGUUGUGGAGUAAACCAAGGACAGGAAUUUAAUAUGUGCCAUCUUACUGAUGGGGAGUUGAAAAUGUCUUCCAUUCCAGCAGAUAUUGCCAUAAAUGUAAAAUUGUAUAACUUUUUUUUACCGAAGAAAUUAAUAGAAAAGGCAGUGUUUUUUUUCUACAUCUGUUCUUUUUACGCCUUUGAGCACAGGUGGAGAGAGCACUGAAUGACUCAGCAUCUUGUAAAUGUCAAAACAAAUCGUUGCAAGCAGUUGUACAAGUUGUCAUGAUCAACAAAAAGGCUGGCCGAGCUACAGACUAAAUUAUUCUAAUUUUUACAAUCACUGAUAAAUCUGUGACAAAUGGGAUCCUAACCAAUCCCAUUCUUCUUUGUGUCUGUGUGUGUAAUUGUGUGUUCUAAUUAGUUAAGUUCCUGAUUUUUCUUUCUUUCAAGAUUUUAGUUUUACAUUGUGUGUAAUGUCUGUGGCCUGAACAUGGCUUAAUAAAAAGCAUUUAUUGGCUUAAUGUGA